AUGACAAAAGUUAUUAUAGUUGGAGGAAAUUAUGCUGGUUGUAUUGCAGCAAAGAAGUUAGCUAAAAAAGGUCAUGAAAUUGUCAUAGUUUCACCUUUUGAUAGUUCUUUUGCUUCACCACUUCUUCCAAGACUUCUUACAGAACCUGAGCUCAUUGAGGGUAAUUAUAACAACAAAUAUACUUCAAUCUUUGCAGGUUUGAAUGUUAAACAUGUCAAAGCACUUGUUACUGAGUUAGAUCCUGAUGCUAAAGUUUUAACCUUGAGUACUGGUGAAACCUUAGAUUAUGAACAUUUAGUUAUCGCUACUGGUACUAGUCAUGGUGAAUUAUUUAAACCUUCAAGUUCAGGGGCCAUGGAUUCUAACGUCAGCUUAAUCAAAUCUACUGCCGAGAAAAUCAAGUCAAAUAAGAACAUUGCUGUUAUUGGAGGUGGUCCAACUGGUGUUGAAGUUUCUGGUGAUAUUGCACACCAUUAUCCAGAUAAAUCUGUUGACUUAUAUACUGGUUCAGGAAAUCCUUUACCAACUUUACCAUUGAAGAAACAGUUACAAGCUGUUUCAAUGUUAGAAAAGAAAGGUGUCAAAGUCAUUAAAAAGAAUGCUGAAAUCAGUGGUAAUACUGUUGACGGUAAAUCCUAUGAUUUAGUUUUAACCACUUUCGGUGUCAAACCAAACAGUGGCUUCAUUCCAAAAAAAUUAUUGAAUUCAGAAGGCUACUUAAAAGUUUCUGAAGAUUUGACUGUUCCAGGAUAUACAAACAUUCUUGGGUUUGGUGAUAUUACUGAUACCAGUAAUAACACUUUAGUUGCCAUCAUCUUGGGCCAAACUAAAACUCUUGAAAAAUCUGCUGAAAAGUACUUCGAAGGUAAAUCUGUUAAUCCUCCACCAUAUAAGAACCCUAAAGGUGCCUCUAUGUUUGUUCCAGUUGGUAAAGACGGUGGUGUUGGUAUUGUCUUUGGUUGGAGUAUACCAUCAUUCUUGGUAAAGAUAGUAAAGGCUAAAGAUUACAUGAUCUCCCAUAUGGCAAAUUAUUAUGAUCAAUUCUAG